AUGUUCAAAACUCUUCUCACUUUCCUAUUCCUCAUUACGACAACUUACGCAAAUCCUAUUCACAACGGUCAAGGAACACUAUAUAUACCAGGUCCUGGUGCUUGCGGGCUCACCAACAAUGUAAAUGAGUUUGUGGUGUCUAUCUAUCCAGCUGCGUUCAUCGAUAAUAAUGGAAAGCUUUGUGGUACACAGGUAACAAUCAAGAACCCUCAAAAUGGCGCAACUGCCAUAGCUACUAUCGUGGACGAAUGUCUCAAAUGCAGUACCAACGACCUGGAUCUAUCGCCUGCGGUGUUUUUCGCAUUGCAGAAGGGGAAUACGCAGGUGGGAUCUGGUAGAGUUCCUAUCUCUUGGAUGAGGUUGUAA